AUGUUUCUCGGUUCAGAUUACAAGUUCCUGUUGCUGUUGCUCGGCAUGAAGGGAGCAACAUCUGAUUACGCUUGUAUUUGGUGCAAGAUUUUGAAGCUAUUAAGAUAUGAUAUGGCAAAGCCUGAAAAUUUUUAUUGGGAAGAGAACAUUCGACGGACUUUGGAUGACAUCAGAGCGUGCUGCUUGAAACAUGAAUAUUCCUGUGAAAGGCCUCCUCUUCUCAAUAUUCCUGUAGAGAACAUUAUCCUGGAUGAGCUCCAUUUGAUGUUGCGAAUUACAGACAAGCUUUUAGAUAAUUUGGUGAAAGAAGCUUUGCAGAGGGAUUACAAAGAAAAUCGUAACAAAGCACCACGUGAUAGGCAGUCACUAAAUCUUCAAAACCUAGUUGAUACUAUUCGAAGUUGUGGAGUCUCAUUUUCCGUGUGGGAAAAACUUGAUGCUGAUGGUAGAGGGAGUGGAGUUUACGACUUCACCAGCCUAAUGGGAACCGAUCGGAAAAUUCUAUUGGAAAAAUUACCCAUGAAGUUAGAUGGUGUUAUCGGUAAUUCAACCAGCUCUGUCGUUAUUAAGAUUUGGAAGGAUUUUAACCAUCUCUACAAGGAUUAUAUACAGAGGCAGAAUUUGACAGAUGCAGAUGUCGAUAUUUAUUUUGCUAAGGCACAAGCUUGGAUUACACUGUUCUUAUCCUUGACUGGAAAGCUGCAGGGCUAUGGCAAAACAAACAUCACGCCUUACAUGCAUGCGAUGGUUUAUCAUGCACCAAAAUUCAUGAGGAUUCAUCAAGGCAUUCGACAUUUUUCUGGACAAGGUGUCGAAAAACUUAACGACGAUUGUAGAAGAGUUCACUUAGAAAAGUCUAAUAAAUGGGAUGCCGCGAAAGAUGUCCUGUUGGCUGAGGAAAGAUUAAGGCUUUUGAGCAAUGUACGAAGGACACCAAGACCGUAUAAGAAAAAAGCAGAGGAGUACUGGUCGACAACAAUCCGGGAAAGUCGAAGCAAACGUGCACAAAUUUGUAAUCAAACUGCCCAGGCAGAAGAUGUCGAAGACCAAUCUGCUCUUACUGCCACAGAGCUUCGAAGCCGUUUAAAAGAUUUGGGCAUCACGACAAGAGUUAGAAACGUCCAAGACUACAAGACAUGUAUCAUAUAG